AUGAAUAGCAUGGAGUCCUCUCCGCGGUCGACCAGGGGUCUGCGCCGUGCCAGCAGCGCGUCAGCAACCCAGCAGCCAUGCAGCAAGGCCAGUGAAGCGGCGGAGAUAGAGACGCUCUUCGUUUAUCCUGACAUCAAAAUCGUGUCGUUUACAACCAAUCUGGAACCAAUGCUUCCCAAGACAGAGGGCGCCCGCCAGCGAGCAGGAACUCUAGCUUCUGGUUCCCGAUUGGAAAGGACAAUCGCCAUGGGCUUGCUUCGCAUAUAUCGUGCCCCUGGCUCCGUGGCCUUCCUGAGCUGUGGCUCAGCCCUUCAACCAAUACUGCCCAAGAGCCAGUGCUGGUGUAUCAACGAGAACAACUCACAGUUUGUACUACAAAUACGAUGGCCUAGCUUCUGGAGGAUCGAGAUGCCUCUGUCGAAUGAGGAACAUGAAAAGAAGGCAGAAGAAUUGAAAGAAGUCCUGAACUCAAUCUUGCAAUUCGAAAAAACACCCUGCCCGUUUCAGAGGAGUUUUACAGUCGAACUUCCAGAGGAGCCAUCGCUUCCCAUAAAGAAGAAACCUUGGACACCCAAGAACUCACCGAGCCCAAAAAUUCCGGGCAGUAUACUGCCGCUUUUCGAGAAUGAUGGCGAAGUACGAAAAGCUCGGCAUUUCUCGCUACCAAGACUCUGGACCUCAGAUCUUAUCAUGUCUCCUAUGGGAGCCUCAACAGGAGAUGAAGCAAGUCCUACUUCUCUCGUCAAACACCCUCGGAACGAAACUCAAGAUGGUCUGGACCGAGAGGAUCUGCCCGUGGCUAGUCGCUUGCUUGAAAGACCCCAAGGUGGUUGCGAGGCAAAUCGUAUUCGAUGCCCAAAGAAUCCUAAGGCGUCUAUAGUCACGGCGGGGGCCGACCUCUCAAGCCAUGCACACUCCCCGGAUGCAACAAGACGUGUUAGCGGGAUACAGGAACAUACUGUCCAGCAUUUUGCCUACGAGGUUGAGGACUUAGAAGGACGGAGUUCUCAGGGCGCAACAGUGCAUCCCUCCUAUCCUGUCGAGGAUGAUAGUCAUUUUACCACAUACGUCGACAGAAGGUUUGAUGGAUGGGAAGGGCCUAACAAGGAACAAUGCCUGUUAGAAUCUGGCGAGAAUCUUUCCGAAUCAUCCAGCUGCCCAUCGCGUAAUUCAUUCCAAAGCGUCGAGUCUUGGCAACCAAACUACGACCAGAGGCCGCCAUUCCCAGCCUUUUCUUCUGAUCCGCAACAAGGGUCAGAUGAACAAGAAGCUACAUCACUGAAGGCAGAACAAUCCACGCCUAGUGUUGAAGAGUCAACCAAAAAAUCGACAUCUACGGGAAGUCCUGUUCACGAUUUCGAUGAUGAUGAAUGGGGAUCAAAAGGCUCAUCAUCUCAUUUCCACCGUGCACCAGAAACGAGCCUGUCCGUGCCACAACAACGCAACAACUUGUCCAGACAGAGAAGCAUACCUUUGUUCCUCAUAGAAAAGACCUACGAUGCGCUUCUCACCCCACCAGCGCAUCUUAUUGCUAUAAUUUUGAAGGUCGCGGCAAAACUCUCAGCUGGCGAAUGGAGAGGCAAAGUUUAUGGAUACGAUAGCGGAGGCGAACAAAUACGAGUUCAAUGGGACUACUCUGAAGAUGACAUGAGUGAUUGA